AUGGACGCCUCCUCCCUCCGCAUCUCCAAGUUCGAUGGAACUAACUUCCACGCCUGGAAGUUCAAGAUGCAGAUGGUGCUGGAGGAACGGGACCUAUGGGAGGUCGUCAGCGGUGAGAUCAAGGCGGAACAGUGCGAGACUCAGUUGGACCAAGCGACGUACAAGAGGAAGUCAAGAAAGGCGAUGGCAGUGAUCUGUCUAGCCAUGGAAGAUUCCCAGCUACCGUUGGUCCGGUCGGCAAGUGGUGCAUGCGACGCAUGGUCAAGGUUGGAAGACCACUUCGAGAAGAAGAGUCUUGCCAACAAGCUGUUCUUGCGCCGUCGCUUCUUCACGACAAUGAUGGAAGAAGGCGACGAUGUGCUCGAACACAUCAACAAGCUCAAGACGCUGGCGGAACAGCUAGAAGCGGUGGGGGCUCCAGUCUGCGAGGACGAUCUGGUGAUCACACUCCUCGGCAGCCUGAGUGACUCGUAUCAAUUCUUGAUCACAGCUUUGGAGUCGCGCUCAGACACUCUUAGCUGGGAGCUCGUGACGUCUCGACUGCUUCAUGAAGAAAUGAAGCGGAAGGAGCAAGGAAGUAAAGGUGAUGAAGCUUCGCAAGGUCAAGCGUUCAUCACAAGGGACAAUCAGCGCAAAGGGCGACCAGUGAAGAAGUCCUGGCCGUGCCACAAUUGCGGAAAGAUUGGUCACUGGAUGGCGGAGUGCCCCUCGCGCAUCCAAGAAAACACGGAGAGACACCGGCCACAGCGUGCUCAAGACAGCGGCGACCGCUAUCGAUCACAACGUGCAAACGUCGCUCAAGAAGAAGACUCGGGCGACUACCUCUUUUCGAUCGGUGAAACGACAUCUGCGAAAUCGAGCGACAUCUGGCUGGUCGACUCCGGGGCGACGCAGCACAUGACGUGCUCCAAGAAGUUCAUGCGGAACUACAAGGGGUUUGACGCUGUGGAUGUCCAUCUCGCGGAUGAUGGAAUCGUCCAAGCAAUCGGCAGUGGGGACAUUGUCAUGUCGAUGAAGACACCCCAAGGGAUGAAGAAAGGUGUGCUCACAAACGUGUGGCACAUCCCAAAGUUAUCCAGAAACCUGUUCUCGGUCGGCCGCUUCACCAAGGAUGUCGGCCCAGUGACGUUCACGAAGGAUGGGUGCUAUGGAGAAGCGAAAGGGACCAAGUGGAAAAUUGGUGCCCGUGAAGGUAAAGGACUGUUCAAGCUGCAAAUGACUCCAGUGGCGCCGGAACAAGCAAAUGCAGCCAAGUCGUCGGGAUGUCAAGGGGGCACCAAGUCGUACCUCUGGCACCUUCGGCUUGGCCACAUAGGUCACGAUGGACUCAAUUGCAUCGUGACGAAGAACAUUGGAAUUGGCAUCGACAUAUCUUCGGUGAAGAAGUGGGACGUGUGUGAAGGUUGUGCUCUGGGAAAACAGACUCGAGUGCGCUUCCAAUCAAACACUACAGCUCGCACCUCCAAACUCCUCGAAGUGAUUCACAGCGACGUAUGCGGACCGAUGUCGAUGGCAACUUUCAGUGGAAAACGGUACUUCGUGACAUUCAUUGAUGACAAGUCAAGAUACUGUGUCGUCUAUCUGCUCAAGAGCAAAUCUGAAGUUGCGGCGAAGUUCAUGGAAUACGCUGCGAUGGCCGAAACGCAAACCGGAAAGCGCGUGAAGUACCUUCAAAGCGACAAUGGGGGUGAAUACAAGUCCGACAAGCUGGCACGAUUCUGCGCGGAACGGGGAAUACAACAAAGGUUCACACCCCCAUAUACUCCUCAGCUAAACGGAGUAGCUGAGAGAAUGAAUCGCACGCUGGUCGAGUGUGCGCGUUGCAUGAUGGAACACGCUGGACUGGGAAAGAGCUACUGGGGUGAAGCAGUGAUGACGGCGAUGUUUCUUCGAAACCGCUGUCCAACACGUGCCAUUCACCAAGACAAGUCUCCAUAUCAAGUGUGGACGAUGAAGAAACCGAUUCUGGCCAACCUUAAAGUGUUUGGAUGCCACGCGUAUGUUCAAGUGCCUCAAGACAAACGCGCGAAGUUCGACUCCAAGUCAUCACUCUGUCGUUUCCUGGGAUACGCCGAACACCAGAAGUCAUAUCGAUUUGAGGAAGUGUCAACAGGAGCGAUCAAGAUCAGUCGCGAUGCCACAUUCAUGGAAGACAAGUUUGAUGAAGGUCCGCGCAACUACAACGAUGAGUCAAGUGUCGUUGAGUUUUGA